GAUUUACAAUCUCUUUCUUAUGAAAUUCAAGAAAAGAAUAAACACUCGGGUCCUCACCACCACCGAACCAAAAUCCAGCGCUAAAGAUGAGGGUCUCUACCCUCUCAAGCUCCUUGCCCAUCCUCCCACCAUCACCAUCAGAAACUCGGAAGCCUCAAAUCCUCUGCAAUAAUUUCACCACCACCCAUGGCGUUUCUGCUGAUUGGGCUAAGAAAUCCCUGAUUGGAGCUUUAUCUGGAGCUCUCUCCUUCGGGAUCCUCUUCUCGUCUCCGGGCUCAAUUGCAUUUCAGUCUCCAACAGUUCAAUCACCUCCUCCUCCUCCUUCUUCGUCUUUGUCUACUAAACAUGACUCAUCGUCUGAGCUCUGCCGCGAAGACGAGCGACUAGUGAAGGCCGAGACUGGUCCGGAAGUGGUGACUAACGAGGGGAUAGUGGAGGAAGCUUGGGAAAUCGUCAACGACAGUUUUCUCGACACCGGUCGCCAUCGCUGGUCUCCCCAAACAUGGAAGCAAAAAAAAGAAGAUAUUCUGACCACUUCCAUUCCGACGAGAUCAAAGGCCCACGAUAUUAUCAAACGAAUGUUGGCGAGCUUGGGUGAUCCUUAUACGCGUUUCCUUUCCCCUGAAGAGUUCUCCAAGAUGGCAAGGUAUGACAUGAGUGGUAUUGGGCUAAACCUUAGGGAAGUUCUGGAAGAUGAUGGAGGUGUAAAACUGAAGGUACUAGGACUCCUGUUGGAUGGCCCUGCACAUUCUGCUGGUGUUAGACAGGGGGAUGAAGUGUUAGCUGUUAAUGAAGUAGAUGUGAGAGGGAAAUCAGCAUUUGAAGUAUCAUCUUUGUUACAAGGCCCAAAUGAAACAUUUGUGACUAUUAAGGUGAAGCAUGGGAACUGUGGGCCUAUUCAAUCUAUUGCAGUCCAGAGGCAACUUGUUGCUCGAACCCCUGUCUUUUAUCGUUUGGAGCAAAGUGAAAAUGGCAAUGCUUCUGUUGGCUACAUGCGAUUAAAAGAGUUCAAUGCAUUGGCUAGAAAAGACUUGGUGACUGCCAUGAAGCGACUUCAGGAUAUGGGAGCCUCAUAUUUUGUUCUGGAUCUUAGAGAUAACCUUGGUGGAUUAGUGCAGGCUGGAAUUGAAAUUGCCAAACUGUUUCUAAAAGAAGGGGAGACGGUGAUUUAUACCGUUGGAAAGGAUGUUCAGUACCAAAAUACUAUUGUGGCGGAUACUGCACCAUUGGUUACAGCUCCAGUUAUUGUUUUGGUGAACAACAAAACUGCCAGUGCCAGUGAAAUUGUUGCUUCUUCGCUGCAUGAUAAUUGUAGGGCUGUUCUUGUGGGGGAAAGGACUUUUGGCAAGGGUUUGAUUCAAUCUGUAUUUGAACUUCAUGAUGGAUCUGGUGUGGUUGUUACUGUUGGAAAGUAUGUCACACCAAAUCACAGGGAUAUAAAUGGCAAUGGAAUAGAGCCUGAUUAUCGAAAUUUCCCAGCUUGGAGUGAUGUCAGGCAGCAUCUAUCUCAGUGCAAGCUUCAGCAAGGAUGAAACAGAGGUACACAAUUCUGAUUUGAUCAGCUCAGAAGAAAUUACCCCGGUGAUCACCAUGAAAGAAAUUUGCGUUGAAGCUGGGUGUGGGGGUUUUCAAUCCAAUUCAUUGCCACAAGAAGAUUUCAUGGCCAUUAUUGUUUAUACUUGAAUUUUCUGGAAGACUGUAAGUAGCAACUAGCACGCCAGGCUCAUCAAAUAAAACCCCAAUUGUUGCAAGAAACUUAUUCAUGUUCUCUUCAUUAUUAUUGAAAAGAAAAAUAUUUAGUUCUUACUUUAAUAGUUCAACAAUGGUAAUAGCUUGUACUGUACUGAGACAAAGUAGAACUGAUCAGUAUUAUACUAAUGCAGCAUUGAAACAGAAACUCAGAAUAUAGAGAGUUUUUAUUUUAAA